UGUAUAUAAUCGUGAAAUGGUUUUGCACACGCGACAUAAUUACCCAGCUGUUAUCUAUUGUGAUCGUUACAAUUUGGAUACAUUACCUUGACCACUCCUUGUUGUUGGCAUAGAAACGGCAUUUCCAGCACUAAGGGUUGAUUGAAUUAAGCCAGUGUUAGUCAAUCUGCGUAUCAUGGGGAAUAAGUUGGUUACUUUCACGGACCAGCAACUCGAAAAUUAUCAGGACUGUACGUUUUUUACCAGAAAGGAAAUUUUGAGGGUAUACAAGAGAUUUCGAGAAGUUAGGCCAGAUUUAGUACCAAAACGUAUGAAACACAAUGAACUCACUAGUAUCAAAAUUCCGUUGGAAGAUAGUACCGAAAAAUUAUCUGAACUUAGAGAAAAUCCAUUCAGAAAGCGAAUAUGUGAAGUAUUUUCUAGAGACGGAAAAGGAAAUUUAUCAUUUGAAGAUUUUUUAGAUUUAUUGUCUGUCUUCAGUGAACAAGCUCCGAGGGAUAUUAAAGUAUUUUAUGCCUUUAAAGUAUAUGAUUUCGACAACGAUAAACAUAUUGGACCAAGUGACAUUGAUCAAGCUCUGACACUAUUAACCAGACAAGAAUUAACACCAGAAGAAAAGCAACAAAUCGUGGAAAAAGUUAUUGAAGAAGCCGACGUGGAUGGAGAUGGCAAGUUAUCCUAUAUGGAAUUCGACCAUGUCAUUACGAGAGCGCCUGAUUUUUUAUCAACCUUCCACAUACGUAUAUGAAUUAUAUGUUAAAUGUAGACAUAAAUUGGCCAAUUUCCUUCACAUUACCUCAUUCAUUAUCUGUUUAUGUAGCCUAUGAACUUCCAUGUGAUGGUAGAUUUAUAAUAAAAAAAUUAAAUUUA